AUGUCCGUCCCUGCACCAGCCCUUCCUACCCCACCUCCCGCCGCCUCCGCGCCCGCUGUGCGCGCACCGGCUCUCCCGUCGGCCCUCGCCAUGCCGUCGUCGGUCUUACAGACCGUCGACAUCCGUCGCCAUGUCCCCGUCACGCUCGACCUCCUGGCCGGCAACUACUCCCAGUGGCGCCGCCACUUCGACACCGUCGUCGGCAUGUUCGGGCUCCACGACCACAUCAACUCCGAGACGGUUCCGCGCCACGAUGACCCCGAGUGGCGCAUGGCCGACCACGUCGUGGUGCACUGGCUCUAUACCACCAUAUCGCCGGAGCUCCUCGACGCCGUCAUGCAGCCCGAGGACACCGCGCUCACGGUCUGGACCGCGGUCGAUGGCAUCUUCCGCGACAACCACCUCGCUCGCGCAGUCUACGUCGACGCCGAGUACCAUGUGCUUGUCCAGGGCGACCUGACGGUGAUGCAGUACUGCACCAAGCUCAAGUCCUUCACCGAUCAGCUGCGCGAUCUUGGGCAGCCCGUGACGGAGACGCGCCAGGUCUUCCACCUCCUUCGCGGCCUCAACCGCCAGUACCACGCCGCGAUCCCCCACAUCACCUCGCAGGUGCCCCUGCCCUCCUUCCUCCAGGUGCGUUCAUUCCUUCUUCUGGAGGAGCACCGUGCAGAGCAGUCGACUCGCCUGCAGUCCUCCCACGCGCUGGUCGCCGCACGCGGCGUCGCGCCCCCUUCGCCCGCGCCCUCCACCGACAACAACCGUGGGCGGGGGCGAGGCCGUCGUCGUGGCCGCGGCAAUGGUGCCGCCGUUCCGGCGCCCCCUGCGCCCAUCUCCGCGCCACGCCCGCCGUCGGUCCCUGCACCGGCUCCCGAGGCCAACUCGUGGACUGGCCUCGUCCAGGCCUGGCCAGUGGCAUGGCGCGCUCCCGGCUCUGGUGUGUUGGGCCCUCGUCCUGGCACGCCCCAUCAGCAGGCCAUGUUCGCGGCGCCCCACCAGCCCGCGCUCCCGUCGUACGGCUACGGCGACACCGGCGCUCCUGGCUACGGGGCGCCCACUGGCUACGGCCACCCUGGGGCUGGUUCUUCCUCGAUGCCGUCCCCCGCCUGGGACAUGGCCUCGCUCCAGGCCGCUCUGCACGGUGCCACCGCCGGUCCGUCUUCCUCUGGCACAACGCCGGAGUGGUACCUCGACUCGGGCAUUGCUACACACAUGAGCUCCUCGCCUGGAUCUUCGAACCAAGGCGGUGAUCCUCCGUUGUAA